AUGCGCGUAGCUUUGAGUGGAAAAGCCACAAGGCACAACAUACUCAAACAAGAGAGGGCAUCACUUGAAGACGACCCCAGCCCGGCCACAAGCAUGACCAGAACUUCACUAAAAGUUGACAUAAUUACACUCGAUAACUCUCGAUGCUCACUUGAAAAAGAAAAUUCUCUCAGGCCAGCCAGCCAGCGUGAGAGACCCUCGGUAGUGUCCAAACGAGAGUUGUCUGUUGGUAAAUCCUUCGCCAUACGCUCGCUACACAUCCCCAACAGCGACUCGGCUCAACAAGAGAGUGGAUCAGAAGCCGGAGACGUGAUAGACCUCGGCGCGCCGCGUCGUGUCCGUCGCGCGCCCGUGUCGUUGCCGCGCGCUCCCCGCCUGUACACACCCAACCCUCGUCUGUUCGUAUUCAAACAUUUCUCUUGA